UGCAGCGUCACACUGAUGCACCCAAAUGAGAGGGGUGUCCCCAACCUGCCCAUCCUCCCUGGAGCAGCUGCCUCUCCUCCACGUGGCUCGUUCUUCUUAUCUUGCCAGUCCAGGAAGCCAGUGCAGGAAGUGGGCUGGGGCCUGGCUUCCUGUUGUCUCCGGACCUCCCUGGUGACUCUUCUGGGGAAGGCCUCUGAGAUACUGGAUUGGCCCCCAACCCAGGCCCUUCCAUGGAGAGCCACCCCGUGGGGGUUGAGGGCCAUUUCCACCUCCACAGGAGAUGCCUUCCAUUCUGCCACCUGGAGAAACAGCUGCCCAUAUCGACUCCCGUUGUCACUGCUGAAGACGGCUCAGAAUCACCCCAUGUUAGUGGAGCUUAAGAACGGGGAGACGUACAAUGGGCACCUGGUGAGCUGUGACAACUGGAUGAACAUCAACCUGCGCGAGGUGAUCUGCACGUCGAGGGAUGGGGACAAGUUCUGGCGGAUGCCCGAGUGCUACAUCCGCGGCAGCACCAUCAAGUACCUGCGCAUCCCCGAUGAGAUCAUUGACAUGGUCAAAGAAGAGGUGGUGGCCAAGGGUCGUGGCCGUGGGGGCCUGCAGCAGCAGAAGCAGCAGAAAGGACGUGGCAUGGGGGGUGCUGGACGAGGUGUGUUUGGCGGCCGUGGCAGAGGCGGGAUCCCAGGCACUGGCAGAGGUCAGCCAGAAAAGAAGCCCGGCAGGCAGGCGGGUAAACAGUGAGCUGGCCCUGCAUUACCCAGAGACUUAAGCCCUCCCCCAACAGGCCGCAUGUCUGCUCCCGUCCAUGAGUCUGUUCAGAACAGAAAAAAAGAGGCAGGUGUUGGGGGGACCCCACCUGUGCAUCUUAUGGUCCUCCUCUUUAUGUUGUCUUUUUUUUUUAAUUAAUUUUUGAUAGAAGGGAG